AUGAGACGGCGAGCCAUGCCUCAGCCCGGAGCUUGGCCGGGCGCGAGCUGCGCGGAGAAGCCGGCGAGGGAGGCGGGCGCCGAGUCCCCGGGCCCCACGAGACCCGCGGCACGCGAGGUCGGGAAGGCGGUGGCUGGCGGGCAGCCCCGACCUGCGACGCUAUGCCCGGCCGAGCACGAGGAGGACAUGUACCGUGCUGCGGAUGAAAUAGAAAAGGAGAAAGAACUACUUGUACAUGAAAGAGGGUCAUCAGAAACCAGAUUAAGUGUAGCUCCUGAAAUGAAUAUCAUGGACUACUGCAAAAAAGAAUGGAGGGGAAAUACCCAAAAAGCAACGUGCAUGAAAAAGGGCUACGAGGAAGUUUCUCAGAAAUUCACCUCCAUAAGGCGCGUCCGUGGCGAUAAUUACUGUGCACUGAGGGCUACGCUGUUCCAGGCAAUGAGCCAGCCGGCGGAGCUGCCCCCCUGGCUGCAGGACCCGGAGCUCACGCUGUUACCCGAAAGACUCAUCCGCACACACACCUGGAUCAGGCAGUGGAAACUUGGACUGAACUUGGAUGGGAAGAGCGAGGACCUGGUUGAUAGGAUUAAGGCGUCCCUCACUCUGCUCCAGAAGAAGUGGGCAGACUUGGCUGAAAUGAGAAGUGCCGAAGCCAGGCAGACAGCUUGUGAUGAACUGUUCACCAGCGAGGAGGAGGAGUACAGCCUCUAUGAGGCCCUGAAGUUCCUAAUGCUCAAAAGAGCCAUUGAACUCUAUGAUGACAAAGAGAAGGGAAAGGACGUCCCUUUUUUCUCUGUGCUCCUGUUUGCUCGAGACACUUCCAGUGACCCUGCACAGCUGCUGAAGAACCACCUGAACCAUGUGGGACACACUGGUGGCCUUGAGCAGGUUGAGAUGUUCCUUCUUGCCUAUGCUGUACGUCACACCAUCCAGGUGUACCGACUGUCCAAGUACAACACUGAGGAGUUCAUCACGGUCUACCCCACCGACCCCCCAGAGGACUGGCCGGUGGUAACCCUGAUUGCUGAGGACGAUCGGCACUAUAACGUCCCUGUGAGAGUGUGUGAGGAGACAAGUCUCUGA